AUGGAUUCCUUCGAUGCGGCCGCACUGGCAUCGGAGCCGCUGGUCGUUUUCUGCGUGGCUACGGCGGGCAAAGGCCACAUCGCUCGAUUACUGCUUGUAAUGGAGAGGCUGAACGCUGUCUGCUGUGUCCUGGACGGGGCUAGGAACUGGCAAUGGCUUAAGCUCCGCCUGUGCAAUGCAUGCGCCACCAGACUGGCAGCGCAGGAGCGGAGCGAUCUGUCCCUUAGCGCAGUGGACUCAGAUCUGAAGUACUGCAUUUUCGGCCUCGGUGACUCGCACUACUGGGGCAAGGGCACAGAGGAGUCAAAGUUCAACUUUGCCAAACCGGCGCGUGACUUGGACGAUCUUCUCGAGAAGAUGGGGGCUCAGCGCAUGAUGCCCACGGGCUUUGGGGACGACCAGGACACUGACCAGUAUCACACCGGCUUCGCCGAGUGGAAGGGCCAGCUUUUCUCCCGUCUCGGCGUUGACAAGGCCGACGCCGCCGGUGGUGGUGAUGAUGGCCCAGUGAAGACUGACGAGCAGAUCAAGGUAGAGACCAAGCAGCUGCGUGGUAGCAUGAAGGAAAGCUUGGAUGAUGUCACCACCGGUCAGAUCCCCUUCCAGGACACUAAGCUGAUCAAGUCGCAUGGCAGCUAUCAGCAGGACGACCGUGACCUUCGCGAAGAGCGGCAGAAGAUGGGCGUAGAGAAUGCUUUUUCCUUCAUGAUCCGUGUGCGCCUUCCGGGAGGCUUUUGCACAGCGGAGCAGUGGAUCGCCAUGGAUGACAUUUGCCAAAACUUCGCAAAUGGCACUUUGAAGAUCACCACGCGACAGACUUGGCAGGUGCAUGGAGUCUUGAAGCGCAAUGUGAAAGCCACGAUGCGCGCCAUGAACCAGGCCUGCAUGGACACGUUGGCUGCUUGUGGUGAUGUUUGCCGGAACGUGCUCUGCACCUCCCGACCGGAUGUAUGCUCCAAGGAGCUUCAUGCAGAGAUCCUGCACUAUACGUACGAGAUCCACGACCACUGCCUGCCUCGCCACUGGUCGUCAAAAUUGAAAGCUGGGGUGCAGAGACCAGGUCAGAAGCGGUAA